AUGAGGCUGGGGACCUUCAGGAUCUUGGUAGUGCUCGUCCAUGUGUCGGCAGCCUGCGAGUUUGGGCCCUUCCCUUACAGCGUCACGGGGAUUGUCUGCAGGAUGACCAAGCCUGCAGCGUUGCUGUCAACAGUGAACCAGGAAACAGCACAGGUCAUUCAAGCAGCAUUCAGAAAUGCCAAAUUCCCAAAUAUCACCGGGGAAAGGUCCAUGCGGCUCCUCGGCAAGGUGGCUUAUGGGCUGACCAACAUACGAGUAAAUGACUUGUCUAUUGAGCAGAGUGAGGUGGAGCUCAAGGAGAACGAUGCCAUUCACAUUGCCAUUAAAAAUGUGACAGCCUUCUUCAAAGGGACCCUAAACUAUGGCUAUGCUGGGGCCUGGUUUUUGCAGCUUUUUCAUUCAGUUGAUUUUGAAAUCGAGUCUUCCAUUGACCUCCAGAUAAACAUUAAACUGAUGUGCCAGAAGGACCAAGUGGCUGCCGAUGCAUCGGACUGCUACCUGACUUUCCACAAACUCACACUUCACCUGCAAGGAGACAAGGAACCAGGCUGGCUGAAGCAGCUCUUCACGGAUUUCAUCUCCUUCACUUUGAAGUUCGUUCUCAAGAGCGAGGUGUGCAACGAAAUACAUUUUCUUGCCCAGGUGCUGGCAAAUUUUGUACAUGAUUUAGCAGAAAAUUUUGUCCGGGAUGAAGGUAUCAGUGUUGAUAUCUCCCUUGCAUCAGUUCCUUUAAUAAAAGCAAAUUACCUAGAAUCCCACCACAAGGGCCUUGUCCUGUACAAGAACUACUCCAAUGUCUUCACUGACUCUGUUUUCUCCCCGUCACUGCUGACUGAGUCCCGGAUGCUUUACUUCUGGCUGUCAGAACACAUCCUCAACUCUUUGGCUUCAGCAGCUUUCUUAGAUAACCGUCUGGAAUUGACCAUCAGAGGAGAGGAGUUGCAGGUGCUGUUUGAAAUGGAAGACACGGAAGCACAGCGGAAUGCAGUGCAGAUGAUUUUUCAAGGCACCUCCUAUAAUGAUUCUGUGGCCAAGGUGUGGAGUCUUGCCCAUCCCCAAAUCUCUGUCCAGCCUGAAGGGACAGUCGUGAAGUCCUUGGUAGCAGUGGAGGUCAGCACCCUUUCUGCAGGAGAAGAGUCCCUGAUGGUUCUGUACAUGGAGAAGGAAAUCACGGUCACCAUCCAAGCUACCUAUGCAGAAAAGAAACUCAUUUUGCACCCUUUGGAAUCCAGGAUAGAGUUUAAAGUCUUUAACUGCACAGCUGAUCCAAGUGAGAAUGACCCAUCCAUAAGAAACUUCCUGCAGACAAUGAUAUCAGUUGUUGGGAUCCCAGAAGUGAUUUCAAGGAUCGAACCAGCUUUGACUUCACUGAUGAACAGCAAAGGGCUUCAUCUAUUUGAGAUCAGAAAUCCUGAGAUCAUCACAAGAAAGGGAUACAUAAUUGUACAACUUGACUUUAGCUUCCCGAAUCAUUUGCUUCUUGAUUUUCUUCAGAAUAGAUUAUAG